GUGUCUACGCUGUUGAUUAAUGCCACUGGGUCUAAGAAGCUCAGCUAAUUAGAGAACAUCAAAGAGCGAGAGGUGGUACGAAGAGAAAGAUGGGGAUGGAUGGAGGGAUGAUGGAUAGAUGGACGCCUGUCGCAGCCAGAGGGAAAGAUAUCAGGAUGUCAAAGCCAGUCGAGGUCGAGAAAGUAGGGGCUGACUCACCACUGGAGGGCACAGAUUCUGAGCGGAAUGGACCUGAAUCAAAUCACCAGUCAAUGAAAGUCAAUCCCUUUCCCCUGUCACCGACCCUGAGCAGCAGCAAGAAUAAGAUGGAGGAGUGCGGCGAGAUGUCCCCAGCCCUUCCUCCCUCUCACGGCCCGACCCCAUCACAGACGGCCCUACAACAUACACAGCUCAUGCUGACCGGCUCCCAACUAGCAGGGUUGACAGCUCUGUUGCCAGCACAGCAGCAGUUGUUGCUGCAGCAGGCUCAGGCGCAGCUCCUGGCUGCAGCUGUGCAGCAGUCCAAUGCAGCCCACGCCGCUCAUGCUGCCCAUGCAGCCGCCCAAGCCAAUCAGCAAGCUCAGGCAGCCGCAGCAGCAAAUCAGCAAGCCCAGCAGCAGCAGCAGCAGCAGCAGGCGGGACAGACGGGUCAGCAGGCUCAGUCGCAGUCCCAGGGACAGGGACAGAGCACACAGGAACAAACAGCCCAAAGUGUCCCUGUCCCACCUCCUCCACCCCAGCUUACCCUGUCCCAGCCAAUCCAGCUGACCGCCCAGGACAUCCAGCAGUUGCUGCAGCUUCAACAGUUGGUGCUGGUGCCCGGCCAUUCGCUCCCAUCUCCUGCCCAGUUCCUCCUCCCACAGCCGCAGCAGGCUCAGCAAGGACUCCUAUCGACACCAAAUCUUAUUCCGCUACCUCAGCAAAACCAAGGGAGCCUGCUGUCUGCUCCGAGUAGAAUGGGACUCCAAGCACAGCGCGAUAAGAGUGUGGAGGUGAGCGGUGGUGGAGGUGUGACCACAAUGCCCUCAGUGACCUCUCACCCCGAGGAACCCAGUGACCUGGAGGAGCUGGAACAGUUCGCCCGCACUUUCAAACAGAGACGCAUCAAACUGGGCUUCACACAGGGAGACGUAGGCUUGGCCAUGGGGAAGCUGUAUGGCAACGACUUCAGCCAGACAACCAUCUCCCGCUUUGAAGCCCUCAAUUUGAGCUUUAAGAACAUGUGCAAGCUGAAGCCACUGCUGGAGAAGUGGCUCAAUGACGCAGAGACUAUGUCCAUAGACAGUACCCUGCCCAGCCCCAGCUCCCUGUCCUCUCCCUCUCUGGGCUUCGAGGGGGUUCCUGGUCGCCGCAGAAAGAAGAGAACCAGCAUCGAGACGAAUGUACGUGUGGCCCUGGAACGCUCAUUCAUGACGAACCAGAAGCCUACCUCAGAAGAGAUCCUGCUGAUCGCCGAGCAGCUCAACAUGGAGAAGGAGGUGAUCCGGGUCUGGUUCUGCAACCGCCGGCAGAAAGAGAAGCGCAUCAAUCCCACCAGUGCCACCCCUCCCCUGCCCAGCCAGCCCCCCACUGCCCCACCAACGCACAAACCGCCCUGCUACAGCCCUCACAUGAUGUCCAGCCAGAUGUCCAGCCAGCUGUCGCAGGCCGUUACCAGUCUCAGCAGCACAACAGUGACCACCAUGUCCUCCGUCUGCCCCCUGACUUCCAGCCUCACCUCCACCCACCCCUCCCUCAGCUCAACCCACCCCUCUCUCAGCUCCGCACCCUCCCCGGUGACUCCUCCUCCCCGCAGCACGGCUAGCCCAGCCACUCCCAGCCACAGCACACUCAAUCUUAACACAGGCUUAUGGCGUAUGGGUAAAAAGAACGGUGACGUGUCUAACUACAUCACCGAUUUUGCUGCAAACUUGAGCCCUAGCAGCCAGUGGUGGCCAGCUGCCUCUUUCCAGUCUUGAGGGGGGCAGUAAGGUGAUUCUGGGGGCCUCUGGGGGCCAGGGAGCGGGCCUCGCCUCCUCCCUCUUCCUCAACCACCCCGCCCUCCUCCACAUGGCCCAGAACCCCGGCGCUGGACUGGUCAGUGCCGCCGUAGCCAAAGCCUCCCAUCCCUCCCCCUUCCCCUCGGCCAGCAGCAUCAGCCCCACCCCUUGCUCCCCCUCCCCUUGUUCCAGCCCCGCCUCUUCCUGCUCCUCCAGCGAAAUGGCACACAGCCCGCCCUCUCUGGGUGGAGCCAAGAUUGAGUGACCACGCCAAGGGCCAAUCAGAGAGGAGGAGGAAGGGGGAAACGAGAACCUCGCCUUUCACACCAAAGCUAUCUCUUUCUCUCUCUUGCGCUCUUCUUCCGUUAUUUUUUUGCAAUGGCUCUCUCUCUCUCUCUCUCCCAGUCUUUCGAUGCCAAAAAUACACAGAAUGAAAGAGGAGAGAGGGAGGGAAAGAAGUGAAAGAGGGGAGAAGGGGGGAAAGGGGAAGAUUGAAACCAAAAAUCUUUAUCUAUCAAAACAGAUGGAGAGGAGGCAACGUGGGACCUUUUUGUCAAUAACGUGUGAUAUCGACAUGGCACCUCUCCACUCUUUCUCUCUGAAGGAAAACAAACCAAUGACUCUUUGACAAAGAGACGGAAGAGACAGCAGAGAUGCAUGUCGAAGUGCAUAAACCAAAAAUGACAAAAGAUAACUUUACUAUGUGACAAAGGAAUGGCGGCAAGGACAAAAAAAAUGGAGAGGAGGACUGUGGUUACGUUUUCUUUUUUUUCUUAUUACUUUGAAAAGCUGCGGGUCUGAAGGAAGAGGAGUAGGGAGGAUAAGUUUAAACCAAAAAUUUACCUGAGGAGUAGACGGAGGAGGAAUACACAAUGUCAAAAAAAAAAAAAGAAAAAAAAAAAAAAAGUCAACCAUACCAAAAUCCCAAAUACCAAAAAUACGGAGAGAAAAGCUUUAUUCAAAGGACGUGUAAAUACUGAAGCUAUCCAGGACCAGGACUCUACUGCUACUGCUACUGCUACUGCUACUUACACAUACACACAAACACAUACACACAUCAAGAGCCAAUCCAUCCUGCCAUCUACUCAUCCUGUCUGUGUCAGCUCAUGUGUGUCUCAUAGGUUUUCAUGCUAGAUAUUUUGGAUGAUUUUGUAAAAGCCUGUUACUGAGGCAAAAGCUUGUGAUUGCCAGUUCUGCUGUAUCUUCAUGCGUCUUAUGCGUCAUUAGUCUCUUUACCUACCUCUGGUUCUAAGAGCAUAGAAAAGCUUUCCUCUCUCCUUUUUAUUUCAAAUUCGCCUGACAGAGUCUUGUUAUUCAGUAUCUAUUUUUUACACUUUGUGAAGUACAGAUGGGAUUUUUUGUAUUAUUAUUAUUUAUUAGUGUCAUUUUACAAUCCAGCUCCUAUUUAUUGUCACACACUUUUUUAGUUUUACAGUAUAGGAUUUAUAUCAUCAUCAUUGUCAUCAUCUUUAUCUUCAUCAUACAUAUUUGUGUCAUCAACGUGCAUUUUGUCUUGAAUGUGACUCUUCUGCAGGAACAGAGAUGACGUAGGUGAAAAGAUGUCGUCUCAGUCCUCACCAAGUGCCAGUAGAUCAGAAAUAGAGUUGGCACUCUGCAAGUUGAUUUCAAGGUGUGAAUGAAUUUAUUAAGACCUAAGCAUGUGGCAUUUUGUGCUCUUAAUCAGACCACUCUUUUCCUCACUCUUAAAGAUAACCCAUUAUCAGUGACUCCAUGGCUAAAUGAACAUGCCCUGGAAACUUCACACACUGAAAAUGACGUUUGUUAAGAGUGGCGACCAUUUUGAAAGUAUGAAAUAGGGCUGUGAUUGGAGAUUUAAAGUAAUAAACAUUGAGACUGAAGGCUAAAUAAGUCAAUAAAGCCAAGUUUAGUCACA